AUGUCAGAUUCCAACACAACUGACUUCACCAACCCCUCCACCUUCAUCCUGCUGGGCAUUCCAGGCCUGGAGGCAGCCCAUGUCUGGAUCUCCAUCCCCUUCUUCACCAUGUAUGCCGUAGCCAUCUUCGGGAACUUCGCUAUCCUGUUCAUCGUGAAGAGGGAGCCAAGCCUCCAUGGACCCAUGUACUAUUUCCUCUGCAUGCUGGCCACCACUGACCUGGUCGUGUCCACGUCCACCCUGCCCAAAAUGCUGAGCAUCUUCUGGUUCAGUUCCAGGGAGAUCGAUUUCAGUGCCUGCCUCACCCAGAUGUACUUCUUUCACUGCUUUUCAGCAAUGGAGUCUGGGAUUUUCGUGGCCAUGGCUUUCGAUCGUUAUGUGGCCAUCUGCGAUCCCCUGAGACAUUCCACCAUCCUGACAAACCCUGUGGUGGCAAAGAUUGGCCUGGCCGUGGUGCUGCGUGGCAUCAUGCUCAUACUGCCCCAUCCUGUCCUUGCCAGACGGUGGCCAUAUUGUAGAACCAACAUCAUUCCCCACACGUACUGCGAACACAUGGCCGUGGUGAAUCUGGCCUGUGCCGACAUCCGCAUCAGUAGUUACUAUGGUCUCUUUGUGGUAUUCUCUGUGAUCGGUCUGGAUGGUUUUUUUAUUGUUGUGUCCUAUCUCCAGAUCCUCAGGGCCAUCUCCAUCCUCCCCACAAAGGACGCCCGGCUCAAGACUUUUGGGACCUGCAUCUCCCACCUCUGUGUCAUCUUAGCCUUUUACAUCCCAGGUCUCUUCUCCUUCCUCACACACCGGUUUGGCCACAAUGUGCCCCUGCACUUCCACAUUCUCAUUGCCAAUGUUUACCUCCUUUUUCCCCCCAUGCUCAACCCCAUCAUCUAUGGAGUAAGGACCAAACAGAUCUGGAACAGGCUGCUCCAGCUUUUUACUCAUAAAGGGACCUAA